CCAAUCGCUGAGCAGGCAGCACAGCAGCUGCCCCAACCACGCCGCACGAAGCGCGCACAUAGCAGCAUCACAGCAAGCACCAUCAGUACAGCAGGGCCGGCUGAGACGACAGAUACAACCAUGACUGAGUCCAACAAGAUCACGCUGGUGGGGAUGGGCAACCCCUUGCUGGACAUCUCGGCCGAGGUUCCCGACUCGGUGCUGACCAAGUACGGCCUCGAGCCCGCCAACGCCAUCCUCGCCGAGGAGAAACACAUGCCUCUCUACAAGGAGCUGGUGGACUCGUACGAGGUCCAGUACAUCGCGGGAGGAGCAACCCAGAACAGCAUCCGCGUGGCGCAGUGGAUGCUCCCGGAACCGGGUUUGACCGGCUUUAUGGGUUCUAUCGGCUCCGACGAGUUUGGCGGCAAGCUGGCGGCCUGCGCCUCCGAGGACGGCGUGGAGGCCCACUACUACGUCGACCAGGCCACCCCGACGGGCACCUGCGCGGUGCUCGUCAACUCCGGGGACCGCUCCCUCGUGGCCAACCUCGCGGCGGCGAACAAGUUCGCCCCUGCCCACCUGGAGACGGAGAAGGCCAAGGCCAUGGUGGACUCGGCCAAGUUUUUCUACAUCGCGGGGUUCUUCUUGACGGUGUCUGUGGACUCCAUACUGGCGAUCGCCAAGCCCGCCGCGGAGAGCGGAAAGGUCCUAGCGAUGAACCUGUCGGCACCGUUCUUGGUGCAGUUCUUCGGGGACCAGAUGGCGGCGGCACUGCCGUACUGCGACUUCGUCUUCGGAAACGAGUCGGAGGCCGCUGCUCUCGGGGAGAAGAAGGGGUGGGGAACGGACGUGGCUACGGUGGCCCUCAAGCUGGCAGCUUUGCCCAAGGCUUCCGGCACACGGGCGCGCAUCGUGGUGUUCACCCAGGGUGCGGACGGCACGAUCGUUGCUAGCGACGGCAUCACCACCGAGUACAAGGUGGACGUGCUCCCCGAGGACAAGCUCGUGGACACCAACGGGGCGGGUGACGCCUUCGUCGGGGGCUUCCUUUCCCAGCUCAUCAAGAACGAGGACAUCGCCAAGUGCGUGGACGCGGGCCACUGGGCCUCCCGGGUGAUCAUCCAGCGCUCCGGGUGCACCUUCCCCUCCACCUGCGACUACGAGUAGGCGUCGGAGCCGUUGGUGACGUUUCCGAUACCGUCGAGUGGAUGCAGGCGAUUUUGUGAUGGUUUUGGCAAAAGGAAGAAGCCAUGCCCGGGUUUCGAUUAGUCUGUCAAGGUUGAGUGCGAUUCCCCCCCCACUAAAGAAGGGUGCCGUGUGUCUCGCCAAGUUUUGUAGUUGGCAUGUCAGCGGGUAGAACAGGUUGCCUUGUUUGUUGUGGCCCGAUUCUUAGUAGUCUCCGCUUGGAGAGGAGAAAAAUGUUGCUCCACCAGAUGCAUGCGCGGUCAAAGAAAUGGCCACAACGGCGGAGGAAAAAGCAACAAAGAGUACCCCCCCCCCGCCCCCCCCUCCCCCCUCCUAAUACACCCGAGAAGGUUGUUCAAUGUGUUUUUCCCUCUCCCUUUGUUGGAAGUCCUCCCCGGCUUGUGCACUUUGCACGGUACUGGCCCGGGCGGAGCGCGGUGAGUGAGUGACGUCGGUUGUUGGUCGUGGUAGACGACCAGACCGGCGACAAUCGUAUACCGUUGGCGGACAGAGGCUAACACGCCAAAUAGCCUACAGCUUGUUUUGUCGCAAGUUCGGGUGCACACGGUAGGAGGAGCGUUUGUGCGUUGACGCCGUACGUUGGCGCCGUAGUUUGUGUGAUGCUGUAGGAUGUUGAUGUUGCUGUUGCGGAGGAUGUUGCUGUUGCGAAGGGGGCGGCGUGUCGUGGUGCGUGAGUUGCCCAUUUUGUCACCAUGCGCGGCUUGCUGUUGCGUGACCUUGGGGUGCGCAUAGCCGAGGGCGUGUGGCUCUGUCGUAUAGGCACGAUGUUGCCUUGAAGGAGGUAGCGUUACAUGCAGAGGUAGAACAGCUUCUGGAAACUUGCAAAGGUUUUGGGUACAGAAGUGUUUAUUGCCGUAGUCCACAUAGCCUUGGUGAGGUAACCCUUCAAGCGCUGGUGAAGCUCGAACGCUUGGGGCAAACCCGCCGUCAACCACAAUUUUGUCUUGACAUCUCCUUUUGCGAUUCAAUACCUCUUGUGUACAUGUAGCCUGAUAUCCUCCGAAACCGUGGUGAGAGGUGAUGUGUCGCGCAUUGCCCCAAACCAAGCAAGCAAAAGAAGCUCUGUAACGGGAGCACAUGUUACCCUAUGCACCAUCAAUUGGCCUGGGGUAAACGAGAGAAAAAAAGAGGACAUACCAGACAGUAGUGUACCAGAUGUGCGU